CGUGCACUCUCGCGCGUGAGGAGGGAGCGAGCGCAACAGCGCGGGGCGGGGGUGGGGAGGAAAGAGAGACGACGGAAAAAAAAUGCCCCGCAGGGAAAAGGCGCUUGCGUGUGACGACAUGUGAGGUGCGUGUUGCGGGAAGAAGUCGGAAGACGAAGGCAGCGUGACGUAGUACGUGAACACCCCCCCCCCGUCACUCCCACUUCCCCCCCCCUCCCGUUUCAUGACACGGCUGCUAGGAGAUAGCGAGCGGCGCGGGCGCAGAGCGGCGGGCAGCCGGGAAGAGGCAGACAUGGCGGCGGCGACGGGAGGAGGAGGAGGUGGUGGUGGCAAAAUCAGAAAUAAGAGGCAGCACAUCAUCAGCAAACCCUACGUCAAGAACCAGGGACUCAUUGGCAGAGUUACAGACACUGUGAAGAAUAUAGUACCUGGAUGGCUGCAGAGAUAUUUUGGGCAAGCUUCCAAGGUAGAACCAGCUGAAGCAAAAAGAUCAAUAGACAAUCAUGAAAAUGAUUCAGCCCUUGUAAAUGAGACCCCACCAUUUGAUAAUAGAAGACAUAAUUCAACAUCUGCAACCAAUAAUACAGCAGUAAGCACACCAAGCAAAACUGCUUUAAAUUUCUCAGACAUGCUACUACUGCGACCAGCUCUUAAUCGAACACACUUUAAUUGUGCUGCAGUAGAUACACCAGCACAUGAUUGUCAGCCAUCCACAUCCUCUUCAUUUCCUAUUGGCAAUUCAGGAUUUUCACUGGUUAAGGAAAUCAAAGAUUCUGGUUCUAUGCAUGAAGAUGAUAACAUCUCCACAACAAGUGGUUUCUCUUCCAGAGCCUCUGAUAAAGAUGCGAUAACUUCAAGGAAUGCUUCUUUGCCACCUUUGUGGUCUCCAGAGGGGGAUCGCUUUCAAUCAGUUCCUCAGCAACCUGCUACAAGCUUGAAAAAACCAUCUUUUAAUCUCACAGCCUUUGGCAGUUCAUCUCCCUCUUUUAUUAGUACAUCAUUGCUAAAUUCAAGCCAACUUGGGGAUUCCCCUUUCUACCCUGGCAAGACUACAUAUGGUGGGGCUGCAGCAGCAGGAAGAACUUCUCAAAUGCGAGGUACACCUUAUCAGGUUCCAAUAAGGAGGCAGAUGAAAGCAAAACCAGCAAGUUCAACAUCUUAUGGAGUGACAAGUGCCACUGCCAGACGCAUUCUCCAGUCUUUAGAAAAGAUGUCAAGCCCCAUAGCAGAUGCUAAAAGAAUUCCAUCUUCAGUGGAAUCUCCAGUGUCUACACCUUUGGAGAGAAGUACUAUAGAUGUUACUGGAUGGCAGUCCAAGAUGAGAAAGGUAGAAAUCCAGUCUCCUCCUGUGCAGAAACUUCAGACACCUACAGUUGCUUCUGGAGCUGCAAAUAGAUCCAUGUUUUACAAGCCAUCUCUGACCCCUGGAUGGCAGAGUAAUAGACAUAUUAACAGGACUGAAAUCCGAAACAAUAGACCAAAGGAAAAGUCACCUAUCCCCCCUGAAGUAAGCCUUCAAACAACAAAAAGUGAUACCAGCUGCUCAUAUCAAGCAACUGUUUCUCAUGCAACCAAUGGCCUUGUGUCUGGAGGAGCUGGAGGAAAAAUGAAGAGAGAAAAGGGGCAUUACUCAUCAAGAGUUGCACUGGAGGUCCAGGCCCCAGCUCCAGAACUUCCCGAAGUAUCUUUACCAAUUAAAACCACAGCGUUGCCAACCUUCAACUUUGGCUCCCCUUCUGCUGCACCAUUACCUGUAACACCAGCAGUAACUAAAUCUCCUCCUAAUAAGGCAGUUGUAUCCAGUCCAAACAGUGUUGCUUUUACCUUUUCUACACCGAAUAUAAAAGCAACAGAAGCAAAUCUGCAACCUGUUUCAGUAUCUACUGGAUUUACCUUUAGCGAGCCGAUUGACAAGUCUGUUCCAUUCGUUGUAUCUGCUAGACCCUCCAUUAAUACAGCAAAAUGCACAUCAUCGCCUUCUCUUUCUACACCACCAACCAAGGGAAAAGAUGAACAAUGUGAGGGGCCAUUAAAACCUGCUAAAGCUCUGAAGCAAGGCAGUGUUCUGGACAUCUUAAAAGGUCCUGAGUUUACUUCACCUCCGCCUUCCACUCAAAGUGCUGUCAAUUCCUUGACCAGUACACCAUUUACUGUGAAAUCUUUACCAUCAACUACUGGAAAAAAUAAUGAGAACUCCAGCACAUUUGGAUUUGGAGAUAAGUUCAAACCAGUUGAAGGUUCGUGGCAAUGUGGUUCCUGCUUUUUACAAAACAAAAGUACAGAUAGCAAAUGUGUAGCUUGUCAGACUGCUAAAUCAGCACCUCCCAUACAGACUACUAUUGAGUCAGCCAACAGUAGCAAAGCUGCUUCUAUAGAGACUCCAUUGAGUUUUGGAGAAAAAUUCAAACCUUCAGUGGGUACCUGGAACUGUGAUAGCUGUUUAGUUCAAAAUAAUUCAGAAGCUGUCAAAUGUGUGGCUUGUGAAACACCAAAACCUGGAGCUGGAAUUAAACCUGCACUGACUUUGCCUAUGGUAACUGAAAGAACAAGAACAGAAUCCGACACUUCCAGCAGUACCUCUACGGGACUGGCGGAUCAGUUUAAGAAACCCGAAGGAGUGUGGGACUGUGCCAUUUGCCUUGUUCAAAACAAGGCUGAGGACAACAAGUGUGUGGCUUGUCAGAGUGCUAAGCCAGGUGUUUCAUCCAGUGUUCCUGCUUCAGCGCCAGCAGGAGGAAUUCUAGGAUUUGGUGACAAAUUUAAGAAGCCAGCAGGGUUCUGGGAUUGUGAAGUUUGCUUUGUUCAAAACUCAUCAAAUGUAAAUAAGUGUGUAGCUUGUCAAACAGAGAAACCAGGCAGCAAGACUGAACCUAAAGGGCCUGACUCUUUGGUACCUGCAGUUACUUCGACAUUCAUAUUUGGCAUCCAGUCCUCAACGACAGACUCUUCGCAAAGUAGCAAUGAUGCUACAGGAUUUAAGUUUGGAAAUCAGGGUGGUUUUAAAUUUGGUGCAUCUGAUUCUAGUUCAUCAACUAGUGCCUUUGGAGGACUUAAGUUUGAGGCCACUGGAGGCUUCAAAUUUGGAGUUAAUUCAACAGAGAAAGCCCCAGAUGGAAACAAAGAGAAUAAUUCUAAAACUGCUUCUGGGUAUAACUUUACCUUUGGUACCAACCCAACCUCAGCUUCAGCUUCAACUGCUACUAAGUUUGGUGUCUCGGAUACAAGUCAGCAAAAUAAGAAAAGUGAUGUGCUAUUUGGGGGUUUUAAAUUUGAUGCCAGCGGAACAAUUGCUAAAUCUGAAGACAAGACUACACCGAGUGGUUUUAAGUUUGGGACUGAGGAAAAGAAAGAAAUCUCAGCAGUGCAGUUUGAGCUUGAUAAAACAGAAGAGAGAAAAGAUGGGGGAAUCGAGAGUCGGGCAAUAUUUGGCAAGACAGUUGAAAAGGAACCUGUAGCUGCUUCAACUUUUAUGUUUGGGAAACCAGAUGAGAAACAGGACUCGUUAAGCUCUGCACCAUUUACAUUUGGUAAGAAGGAUGUUGAGACACAACCACAGUCUGAACCUUCUUUUAAAAAUCUUGAGCAAACCAAAGAAUCAGCAUUGUCGUCUGAUAUUUCAAAACCGGAAGCCAAAUCUGGAUUUACUUUCAAUGUGGUUAAGUCAGCUGAGAAGCCAGAGGUGACAGAGCCUGUGCAACAAAGAUCUGUGUUUGGAGCUACAAUAAAUACUUCAGAACAAGGUGUUACAAAGCCACCUUUCAGCAUAUUUGGCAAUAGUUCUUCCACGUCUGCUGGAACAAAUGUGGGGGAUGCCACGUCUUCAACCAUAUUUGGUAGUUCUGCACCCACAACAAGCACACCAUUUUUGUUUGGACCGGCUGGUGCCCCAGUGGGUAGCAACCUUGGAAGCAGUUCUGAAUCAACCGUUCCUACAACCAAGCCAUUUUUAUUUGGCUCACAGGAGAUUACAUCAGCAGCCAGUACAUCAAGUACAGGGGCCCCAACUGUACCGUUCCCAUUUGGUUCAGCACCCAGCAAUAACACUGCAACAUCAUCUGUCUUUACAUUUGGAGCUUCAACUACAACUUCUAAUUCCACAGGUGGCUCCUCAAACCCCAUCUUUGCCUUUGGAUUAAGUUCUACAACUGCAGCAAAUGCCUCUGCUUUUGGUAGUACACAAAACCCGGUUCCUGUGUUUGGACAAAGCAGCAGUCAGCCAUCUGCUGCCUUUGGUUUGCCUAGUGCACCUACUUUUGCAUUUUCAACUGGUUGCCAGCAGCCUGCCUUUGGUUCGCAGUCUACCAAUAGUCAACCAUCUCUAUUUGGAGGACAGUUACCCAAGCAGCAACCUACAUUUGGCUCAACUUCAUCUACCUCGAAUAACAGCUUCCAGUUUGGAAACAGUGGGCCAAGCUUUAACUUCAGUGCCACCAAUUCAACAAAUGAGGUAUUUCAAUUUGGAUUGGCUUCAACAGGAGCAACACAGCCACCUGCCCCUGCUGGUGGCUUUCAGUUUAAUCCUACUACUGGAUUUUCUCUUGGGGUUGGUGCCACCAAUCCUUUUUCUGCAACAUCUGGUGGCCGUUCAGCCGUUGCUGGUCGUAAGAUAAAGACUGCUGUUAGACGCAAGAAGUAAUUGUUACAGCUGUUUAAAAAGCAGAGCUAAUUAUUGAAAGUGUAUUUUCCAUAAAGAGCUGGUGCCCUGCAUUAAUAAUUGAGUUGUACCUCCUCUGGGCUUUAUCAGAUCUACCUAGGACCAUUUGAACAUGCAUAUAAUUGGUCGCUGCUUUUAGUUGCCUGGUGAUGGGUGGACUGUAGAUUUUUUUUUGUGAGAACCCAGCAGUGUCAUUAGUUCAGGACUUGGCAUGGUCUGGCUACAAACAACUUGCAAAGUGAAUGGCUUUGUACAUUGAUACCUCUUCAUCCGCACCACUAGAUAUUGUUCAUAACUCACCUAAUUCUACUGAAAGGUUGUACAGACUGAAGAGCAUCGGUGAAAAUAGGGCUGAUAAUUGCAAAGGUUUCAUCGCAGUACGUGUGAAGUAUGUGAAUGUGUAGAUGUUAAAUGGAUGGCCUAUUGUGCACUGAUGUUUUCUGACUGCAGAAUGAUUGCUGAAUCAUACUUGGAGGACUUCAAAUGAAUUGUCUUCAUUUCAUAGAACAUGUGCUUUUUUUAAUUCUGUUUUGCUUUUUUGACUUUUCAUUUUAUUACAAACUAUUAUGUACAUAUCCUAUGAUUUUUCAGUCAAUCUACUAUUGGACGAAAACCAAUCUGUGAACUUGAAUUAUUUUUUUGUUAUAGCAGUAUGUUUUUUGUUCAGUAUUGUCUAUUAGAAGAUUUUAUUAUGUAAAUCUCAUUAUUCAAAGUUGCCUGAAUCCAUUUAACAUCUUUUCUGAUAUACAAAAUUGGGAACCCUUUAAAGUUUGCGUAUUGGCUUUUGUGAUCCACUUUUGUUUGGACCAAAACAGUGUUGUACAAAGUAUUAACUAUAUAUUUUUAUAUUCAUUUAAAUGGACUAUGGUGACUUUGGAUAAUAAGGAGAACAAUUUAAUAUUAAAGCCAUGUUUAUUACUGUAUGAUUAACAAAACCAUGGGAUAAAUGCCAUCAAUAAAAAUGAAGAAAUAGUAAAAUCAUUGA